GAGGAGGCGGGGGAGGAGGCUGCAGUGGCUCUGGAGUCUGGGAUUCGGCCCGCGGAGCCGAUCGAGUGCUGGGCCAGUAGCCAUCCGGUGCAUCCCGGCUUGUGCCCGCACCCGGCUACUCGCGGUUCCCCGGGCCGGCGCAGGCGGCUGCGGGAGGCCGAUAGGGUGGGCGGAGGGAGGCCAGGAGGGCGCGGGCGCCCUUUGCGCGGAGUAGACGGAGGCGGCGGGGGGCCGGGACGCCAUGUCCAUGGAGGACCCCUUCUUUGUGGUGAAAGGGGAAGUACAGAAAGCAGUCAACACUGCCCAGGGACUGUUCCAGAGAUGGACGGAGCUCCUCCAGGACCCCUCCACAGCCACAAGGGAGGAAAUCGACUGGACCACCAACGAGCUGAGGAACAACCUCCGGAGCAUAGAGUGGGAUCUGGAGGACCUUGACGAAACCAUCAGCAUAGUUGAAGCAAAUCCUAGAAAGUUCAACCUCGAUGCAACUGAACUGAGCAUAAGAAAAGCCUUCAUUACAAGCACUCGGCAAGUUGUCAGGGACAUGAAGGAUCAGAUGUCAACUUCAUCUGUGCAGGCAUUAGCUGAAAGGAAAAACAGACAGGCACUGCUGGGUGACAGCGGCAGCCAGAACUGGAGCACCGGGACAGCAGAUAAAUACGGGCGCCUCGACCGCGAGCUCCAGUUAGCCAACUCCCAUUUCAUCGAGGAGCAGCAAGCGCAGCAGCAGCUGAUCGUGGAGCAGCAGGAUGAGCAGUUGGAGCUGGUCUCUGGCAGCAUCGGGGUACUGAAGAACAUGUCCCAGCGCAUCGGUGGGGAGCUGGAGGAGCAGGCAGUAAUGUUGGAUGAUUUCUCCCACGAGCUGGAGAGCACUCAGUCUCGGCUGGACAAUGUGAUGAAGAAACUUGCAAAAGUGUCUCACAUGACCAGUGACCGGCGCCAGUGGUGUGCCAUCGCCGUGCUCUUCGUGGUCCUCCUCAUCGUGCUGGUCCUCUUCUUGGUGCUGUGACAGUGGCAGCUGCGGGUGCGAGUGUCCCCCGCACACGAGCCCGCGGUGGAGAACUGAGCCGCGCCACGUCGCCGUCUCCUCACAUUCCUGUCCAGAGGCAGACGCGGCGCCCACCGUCAUUUCUCUGCGUGACCCCAACUUGAGACCGCGCCUCCUCCGUCCCAGCGCUGACGGCCGGGGAGCAGAGGACAGACGACUAAUUCCUGGUGCCAGCUGGCUGGGGCCGCCGCUCCUGCUCCUGUUCGGGGGGCAGCUGGUGUGCUUGGCCUCGGGGGCCUCGUGCCCCAGGAGGGACUUCGUGUCAUCCCGAAACUGCGCCGACUCCCGUGUUUGCUGUCGCUCCGUCCAUCCUCCCUCGGCAGCUCUUCUCUGCUGCUCAGCCCCUCCCCUGCUCGGACCACACUGCAGCCCGUCCCGAAGCACCUGCCAGGACACGGCUCGCGGGGGCCUCGCUUUUCAUUGCCCAAGAGCUGAUGGUCAGUGAGGACGAGGCCAGGCACAGCCUGUGACUGAAAAUGCCGCGGUUCGUUUUUCAGGGAUAAGUGCUGAGAUAAAAUCGCUUUUGCUAGGCGCUCUUUUUUUUUUUUUUUGUGGUAGGAAUAACUAAUGGAAAAUAAUGAUUCUUCCUGGGGUUGAGGGCACUAACAACUUGUCGCUUUAAGUGAUGGCACAGUUAAACUGCAGCAGGACCCUGCGUUGGCCCAGCUUAGGGGAGGGUGGUCGGCCUCUGCAGGGGUCGGGGCUGGAGCCUGGCACGGUCCUGGUGCCUCCUCCCAGAGGAGCAUCCUGCACUCCCAGAGCGAGCCUCCAGCGACCUGAUGCCGAGCAGCUCAGCAGGGUGCGUGGCCGGGAGGCGGACCGUGCUUGCUGGCUGUUAGGUCAUUCCCGUGCUGUUCCAGGUUGGGGUGGGUGGGACGUGGUGAGGACGUUGAUUCCAUUUCCACAGACACCGUAAUGACAACAAAGACUGAUCGCGGGGCAGGCCAGACUUCCUGACCGUGCGUCAUAGUGCGGACCAGGGGAUGAACGCGGUUCUUAGUCACUAAGGUGACAGCUUGAUUUCAUCAUCCGUCCGUUCAGGUCACGGAGCCAGUCCAAGUCGCAGUGGUAGAUGCUCUAACCGCGUUCGAGUUGCUGAAAUUGCUGCGACACUAAACUUUAAGCUUCUGUGACUGUGUUAGGCCUCCAGUGUGCACGUGUAUAUAGGAUAUUUUUAUAACUUCCCUAAUACUGAGGUAGCAGCGGGGCCCAGGAGCAGAACUCUGCGGCGAAGGCUGCUGGCUGCUCCUCGCCGUCUUUUCAGCUGGGGGGACAGCAGCGUCCACGUGGAGUUCGAGCUUCAAGUUCUCAUUUCCUUCUCCAUGGGUGCAUUCCUCAGCACACUAAUUUUUUUUUUAAAAGAUCUUUUUUCUUUUCCUUGUUUUAUCUGUAUUUUGUGGGAUUAGUUCCCCCCCUUUUUUGUGAUUUGCAAUGAUGCGCUUGCCCAGCUGACUUUUGAAUUGCACUUUUUAAUAAAUAUUUGUAACAAUUUUUUUAAGAAGGGUAUUUUAUCUUCUUUAGGAUCGCGAUAAGUAAGGACAUCUUGCCUGUUGGUGAAAGCUAAAAGCAAAUUUAUAAAACUGAAAGGGUGGUUGAAGUCCAUGUUUACACUCAGCUCUAAUGUUUGAUAUAUAAAUAAGUUAUUUAUUUUCAAACUGGAAAAAAAUUGACUAUUUCAAAGGGCUUCAGAGGUAGGGUACUAGAUUAUUUAUGUUUUACAAAGUUUUAGGACUUAGAUAGUGUAACCUUAGAACAGGGACGGUCCUUAGAUUUGCAUCAGAAUAUCGAAGUGUUUUGUUCACACUGAGCGUGACCUUGUCUGAGUACUGUAAUCCACACUCCAUAUUACAAGAAGCACUGGCAUCCUAAGGAAUUGCAGGAUUACCCUACUGACAAGCCAUGCCAGUGUCUAGCUAUUGGCAGGUUUACGGUGCCACACUGAAAGAUCGAGCGUGGCAGCAGGGCCUGUUUGGAACUCACCUGGUCGUGAAUGAAUGAAAGAAAUACUCUCUUUAGCUGAGGUAACAAGUUUUAUGACCUCGAGGCUUAAUUACGACAGGCUGAGCACCCCUAAUCCAGAAAUCCAAAGUUUAAGAACAAAUUUUUUGAGGGCCAACACACCAGAAGUCGAACAUUCCACACUUGGCCUCAUGUGACGGGUUGAGGUCAAAAUGCCACAGUGCAAAAAUGUGUGACAUUACCUUAGGCGACGUGUGUUAAGGACUGUUUGAAAUGGAACUGGAUUUCAUGACUAGGCUUGGGUUCCACCCCCAAGAUGAUCUCACUGCGUAUGCGCGAAUAUUCCAAAAUCUAAAACCUCUGGUCCCAGGCCUGUUGGACAAGGGACGCCCCCACCUGCUUUUCAUAGUGGCAUGCCGACCCCACUGACGUAAGGUGUCUGCCGAACACCGAGGUGACCAGCUCAGGCUGAAGCUGGACAGGAAAGAAAAAACUGACCGACAAUGCGGGAUUCUCCUACAGGGCUUUCUUCCGGUCCGGUCCUCUCUCGGGCUGACUUGGCCGCACUCGGAGCCUGUUGUACCCUGGCAGGGGGGUCCCUUCAGAUCCAGGGCUCACCUGAAGGGCCUGUGCUCAGGCUCCAAACGUGGCUGCCAGAGAGCGGGCCAGGGUCUGCGUGCAUUCCCGAGGAUACAUAUUUUCUCUUUGGCUGUGAUGGUCCCAGGCUUUAGAGAACCAGAGUGGCCGUCCUCCAUCCCCAUCAGAACGGGAGGAGUAUGGGAGCAACGGGGACACCCCCCACUGCCCAUACGCACUUCCUGGGCACAGUUGUGGUUUUUUCGCAUCAUCCUUCUGCACCAGCGCUCACAUUCACCGCGCUUAGAGCCCUGGCGGAGCGUGGAUAGCAGGGAGGGAGCGCGAUUUGUUUACUGGAAGGACGUUCCCUUCAGUGAUUAGGGGGCGGGGUGGGAAUGAAUCAUUGAAGGAGUCUGGCAGAAUGUGAAUCCAACCAGAAAACCAAAACCCCUUCAGCGUUUCGUCCUGGCCCCCGUGUGGACUGCGAGAUCCCAGCGCUGUCUGCCCCGGGCUGCGUGGCCGAGAGAAGUCGCGGCGUGUGCGCACGUGACAAGCGUCUUCACUGGUUCAGAAUUCACUCCAGAGCUGAAGGGGGAUCUUGGCGACGUGCCUGGCGUUCUCUGCUUUUAGCCAGAGUUAAACAGACUGAUGGGUCUGGUAGCCAACCACUUGGCACCUUCCCUCCUUCUCACCUCGUGAGAUCGCGGGCUGUGAAAAGAAAUCUCGGCUAACUCAACAGAAAUCUGUCUCUGAAGUGCUUUACCUUCUGUAAGGGACGCUGCUGGAGCCAAGAUUUUUCUCUCGGUAAUUUCCCUGGCUGCAAAGUGAGACCAGAGGGACAUCGAUUCCCUGUCACCUUUUUAGGAUUCUUUGUAGCAGCUGAAGAUUGACAAGUGGAAUGGCAGAUCUGAGUGGCUCUUCAGCUCCGGAGACCGACCUUGGGCCGUUUGGCCUCACCUGGCACCACGAGGCGAAUUUGUGAACCAAACAAACUUGGAUGCUCUGGAAAGCUGCGGUUCUGAAAUUUGGGGACUGUGCCACCUUUGAUUCUCCUUCUUUGUCUUCCUCUCCCUGGCAUUUCUUUCCUUUCUCAGUUUAUUAAGAAAAAAGAAUUUUUUAAAAUGGUUUUUGUUUAUCAAGGGUGGAGAGAAGGGGAAACCAAAGGGUUCUGGCUUCCUCGCCCUUCUGUCUCUGGGCACCAGCCAGACCACGGUCAGGGCCUGAAGACAGUGCCCCUCCCCCACCCCGACUCCUGCCAAGGCCCUCCCUGGGCAUCAGGUUGUGGCUUCUGCUCCUCCCAGGGCUCUCGCUCUGGGCACAGGGACUUGUCACCUGCUGGCUGGAGAGGAGAGAGGGCCUUUCUUCAGUGUCCCCUGCCCAUUCUCAGCUGCCAGCUGCAGACAGUGAGCUUACACUAGAAUAACGGCCUGGUCUUGGAGGGCCCACGUUGGCCAGUCAUGUAAACAGGGAGGCUGUUCUUGCUGUCUUGAUGGUACCGGAAAAGUGUUUUCUAGCGUCCAAUCCAGAAAACCAAGAGAAGCACAGAGCAGCCCUCAGACCCCCAUAGCAACACGGUGCAACUCACUCGCUGCUCGGCCCCCAGGUGGGACUCAGCUCCAGAGUAGCUGGCGUCUCAGUUGCCAUCUUUAAUGGUAGGGACUUGGCAUCACUUCGGGCUCGGUCCUCCUGUUGGAGUGAAACCCCAGCUCGCCCGACACACGUGGACUCAUCUGGCCUGCUGCGCUCUGGACUUGGUGUCACAAGCACGCGCUUAAGGGGCUCGAGGCUGAAGGGGCUCCCAGCUGACCUGAACAACACGGCCGAGGGAGACAGUAGCUUAGCGGCUCACUCCUGGCCACAGACGGUGCGAUGGGAUUCGCCUCUUGGAUAAACACAAGUUCUGAAAUGCACGCUUACUGGGUCAGGCUGCUAUGGUCUAGGCCUGACCGGGAGUUCUUCAUGAUCUUGUAGCUUCUUUGAUUAGAUCCGGAGGUCAGGGACGAGGGGGAGAGAGAACUCGGCUUCCCUCUGCCGUCAGCUGACACCGGGCCGUGUUCCUUCUGAUGUGACCUGGGUCCAGAAUGCCCUUCCCAUGGCUGUGUAGACAGCGGUGCCCGUCCCAGUUGCCUGCCGUGCUGCUUGGGUUUCAUGUCAACCCUUCACAGAACCAGCUUGCCCGCCGCAGCCAGACCCUUGUGACAAAGUGUUUUACCGUUUAUUUUUAAGGUGAUAUGCCAGGGACCACUUGGUUAUCCGGGGAGUGUUAGAAAUAAGAGCGCCCAGCCUCAUGGAUUGUGGAUCAGAGCCCACGGGCCUGUCCCCUGGCCUGGCCGGCCAUCUGGCGCUCUGCCCCAGUGGAGCCUUCUGUCAGCCUUGGCAAGGAACCCUGCUCAGGGCUGUCCCUGCCUGCACCGCACAGAGCGCACGUUCACCGAGAACGACACGUGUGACCCCGCAGCUGAGGUUCGGCCUGGGGAGGCAGAUGUCUUAGUCCUCGGGGGUGGAGUACCUGCGCCCGGUCCCUCGUGUGGGCGGAGGGAGGAAGGCCAGGUGUCCCUGAAGAGGCGUCUGGAGCUGUCUUGAAGCCCGUGUAUCUCCUAAAAGGCCUCCGUGGGCACACCGAUGGGCAGACGUCAGAGCACGGCCCAGCCUGGGAGGGGGGCCUGGGAGCCACCCAGGACAGCAGACGGGGAGGGCACCAGCUUCGGAAGGGGACGUGUUCCCACGGCUGCGUGUGACCAGAAACGCGUACCUCCCGGCCGUGGAACACGUGCCAUCAGAAGGGACCACUGGGACUUUCCCGGGGGUAAAGAACCUUACUUAUUUUAAUUUGACUUGACUAGAAGGCACAAACUGAAGAAGUGGGUCAGGGAUUAGAAUCGCAGAUGCUGGGGUGAUUUCCAGAUGGCGCUUCCCCCUCGACAGUGUGAGACAGUCAAGGCCCAGAGCGAGCCCCGGCGCAGAAGUCCCAGCCCUGGGCCGCAGGUAGAUUGUCCCAGGUGCGCAGUGGGCCCUGCACGGGCCACAGAGUCACCUGGAAUCUUGUUAGAAAUGCAGGUUCUCAGGGCUCCCAAGGCCUGCCGAGUAGCUCACCCCGGUGAGGCCAGCUGUGUUUAAGCAAACCCUCUGGGUUACGACACACAUGCCAGGCCAGGAGCCACCCCUGCGGCAUCGUGCACGCAGCUGCGAGCCGGCCCUGCAGAGCUACGGCACCCGUGGCUUUGACGGUAGUCCUGACGUGGACGAAGGUUUGAUAACACUAUAAACUUGAAAACUUGCAAGAAUUAAUUACUUGUGUAAAACAGAAAAAUAGUAGCCAUCUUUAAAAGUGACAUUUUUACACCCUGAAGUCUGUCAGCCGUGUUUCUUCCUUCUAAAAUCGUGUAUCAGCUGUAUAAAGAACACUGUUCAGUAUUAAAGAGAAAUGGAAAGACCGA